CGCCCGGCAGGACCGCGCGCUGGAGCCCGCUCCGCGUCCCCGCCGCCGGAGGAGGUGCCCGCACGCUCGCGGCGCGCGCCGGCCCCACACAGUCGGCCUGUGGGCGAUUUCCUCCGGACCCAGGCUCCCCGCCCGAGGAGGAAGAAGAUGCAGACCUUUCUGAAAGGGAAGAGAGUUGGCUACUGGCUGAGUGAGAAGAAAAUCAAGAAGCUCAAUUUCCAGGCCUUCGCCGAGCUGUGCAGGAAGCGGGGAAUAGAAGUCGUGCAGCUGAACCUCAACCGGCCAAUCGAGGAGCAGGGCCCCCUUGACGUCAUCAUCCACAAGCUGACCGAUGUCAUCCUCGAGGCCGACCAGAAUGACAGCCAGUCCCUGGAACUGGUGCACAGGUUUCAAGAAUACAUUGAUGCUCACCCAGAGACCAUUGUCCUGGACCCCCUCCCCGCCAUCAGGACCCUGCUUGACCGCUCCAAGUCCUAUGAGCUCAUACGCAAGAUUGAGGCCUACAUGAAAGAUGACAGGAUCUGCUCACCACCUUUCAUGGAACUCACAAGCCUGUGUGGGGACGACACCAUGAGGCUACUGGAGCAGAACGGCCUGGCCUUCCCCUUCAUUUGCAAGACCAGAGUGGCUCAUGGCACCAACUCUCAUGAGAUGGCCAUUGUGUUCAACCAGGAGGGCCUGAAUGCCAUCCAGCCCCCCUGUGUGGUCCAGAAUUUCAUCAACCACAAUGCUGUGCUGUACAAGGUGUUUGUGGUAGGCGAGUCCUACACUGUGGUCCAGAGGCCCUCGCUCAAGAACUUCUCCGCGGGCACAUCAGGCUCCUCCCCAGGACCGUCUCUCAUGCCCCCCGUCUGGACUGGCUCUGGUCGGAGCGGGAGGACUGUCGGGCACACCGGGGUGGCCAUGGGCCUCUGUGGCUCACUAGCGGGAAGGAUGCCAGAUCGUGAGUCCAUCUUCUUCAACAGCCACAAUGUGUCAAAGCCAGAAUCCUCGUCAGUUCUCACUGAGCUGGACAAGAUUGAAGGCGUAUUUGAGCGGCCAAGUGAUGAGGUCAUUCGGGAGCUCUCCCGGGCUCUGCGGCAGGCGCUGGGAGUGUCACUUUUUGGAAUCGACAUUAUCAUCAACAACCAGACGGGGCAGCAUGCUGUCAUUGAUGUCAAUGCUUUCCCAGGUUACGAGGGUGUGAGUGAAUUCUUCACUGAUCUCCUGAACCACAUUGCCACAGUCCUGCAAGGCCAGAGCACAGAUGCAGCUGCCACGGGGGACGUAGCCCCGUUGAGGCACAGCAGGCUCCUGGUGGAACAGGCGGGUGGCCUGGCUGGCGAGCGGACGUGCGGCGCCAACCCCAGCUGCUGUAGCAGCUUGAGGGGCCAGGAUGCACCCUGGAAGGCCGAGGCCGAUGCAGGCAAUGUGAGCACCGUGGGCACCAGCGGCUCUGCCAAGCUGCCACACCAGAGACUUGGCUGUACCACGGGUGUGUCACCCAGCUUCCAGCAGCACUGCGUGGCCUCCCUGGCCACCAAGGCCUCCUCACAGUAGCCACAGAGCCAGGGACCCAGAGGGACGGAGCACACCUGAGGGCCCACAGCUCCAAAUGGGGACACUACUAAGAAUUCCCGAUGGUCUGAUGCUUCUUUGUUUUAAUUUUUAACCUGAUUUUCUGAUGUCGUGAUCAGAAUGAGGGGGGAGACGGAGCAGAACACCAAGUGGUCCAGCCUCGAGGAUCCCGCCUAAUUCCUGUACAGAUCUCCUCACUCAGUUUACACACGCUUGUGUUCUCAACACUAGGUCUGAAUGUGAGGUGGGGUGUGUGCAUGUGUGUUGUGUGGUUGCCGUGCAAGUGUGUUUGCACGUCCAUGUCUGUCUGUCUGUGUGGCUGCUGUGGACCAGGAGGCUUCUGGGGACCCUGGACAGAGGCCCUCGGUGACCAGGCUGGUGGGGCUAGCCAGACAAGAGAACGAACGGUUCCCUGCUUCCUCCCUUCUCCACACCUGCCCACUUUGGACCUCACCCUCCCUCCUUUUCCCAGAUGCAGUCUCCUCCAAGGCUAACUCUCACCUCUGUGCAGCCCACCGUUCCUCCCUGAAGCCAGGGAAGCAGUAGUCCCCUUGGAGAGCUUUGCACCAGGAGUGUGGGUUGUAGGAAGGAAAAGAAGGCUUUCUGCAGGUGUAGCCAAAGCACUGGGCUGCUGGUCUUCACUGCCUCUGUGGAGUCCAUCAGACCACUCUGUCCUCUGCCCUGUCCCCUGGUAGCACUGUUGUUUGCUGGGACCUAGGAGGGAGGCCGCCUGGCUGGAAGUCCUGGGCUGAGAUUCUGCCAGUGCCCAGGAUUUUUGCUGAGACUUAGAGCAAAUCAUUCCAUGAGUCUCUCCUCAUCUCCUGGGUGGCUGCUGAGGCCAGAGAACCAAAGGGCUAACCUAGUGCUCCAACCUGCAAAGAUGCCUGCUUCUCUGUGGCAUUACCUGGAUGAGGACAGUGUGGGAACCUCCACUGGACAUUGUGGCCAUCUGGGUUCCUCCUCAGGUGGGGGUGGAAGCCGCCCAUAUGGUCAUUCUUGUUCACACAUCCCCUGAUGCAGGAAAGCCCAGCACAGCUCUGUGGUAUUCAUCACAAGUCCCUUGUACCUAGUGCUAGGCAAGCCCCCAGGGGAGUUGUGCUACCACACAACUGGCAGACCACCUGCUGGCCCCAAAGCUGCAGGAAAGAGACACCUGAGGACAAUCCUCCACCCCAAGGAUGUGGAGCUCGGGUUGAGCAUCUCAGGACUCCAGAGAGCAGUCUUGUGUCUUAAGAUAUCAGCUCACUUUGCAAAGAGAACUAGGCCUUUGGGUUGUCCUUAGGUUCAAUAAGAUGGAGGACACUAGAGGGAACACCCAGCAGCCCUGGGGGAUGAGGGGCUCUGUGGGAUUGACCUUUGGGUAAGGAGAGACUGGCUGGCUUCCUUGGAAACAGAGCCCCAGAACUACCGUUUACAGUACCUGAUUGUUGAACCUGAUGUCUGUAUGUCAAGUUCCCAGGCCUGACCCUGAGCCCAGGGGGCAGGAGGCGUGGCCGGCUCUUGCACUGCUUUGUCUCCAGAAUAAACUACUGAAAUCAAA